AUGGCCACGGUCACCAAGUCAUCUCGAGACGAGGUGGCAGACUUGUGGCACGGGCGCGGGCGCAAAGUCUCGCUCAACGACACGGUCUCGCUCAACGUCACGGAGGAGCUUCACGACCUCAGCCACCCAGCAACGCUCCUAGUCCUCAAGUACAUCUGCCAGGAAACCACCACCCUCAACGUUAUCCUCCCGUCCGCGGGCCACGACCACGCCCCGCAGGCCGCCAGCCUGCGAUGGGGGAUGCUCUUCUCAAUCAUCGGCUGCAUGCCAAUGCUGCGCCGCCUCCACAUUGGCGGAGAUGCUAGCUUCCUCAGCGGCAACAUCCCGCAGCUGCUGCUUGAGCAGCCACUCUGGCAGCUCGAGGAAGCCACGUUCUGCGUCGGGGACGAAGUAUUGGCCGACCUGUUGGAGAAUUGCGACCUAGCCACGCUCGACAAGCUGCGAAUCACCGCCGACCCGUACAAGCUGCUCUGGUACUCCAGCGGCAAGGAGAUUGCCAUCACGCAUCUCGAGAUAUGGGCCACGGCUGAGACGAUCCGUGCCUCCUGCUCACGUGGCUGGAUACCCGGCCUCGAUAUGUCCAUGCACAUCGUCAUCGGCACGGCCAUGCCGCAGCUACGCACGCUGUCCAUCUCCCAUGUUGACUACUGUCCCAUGACGUCGUUGGAUCGGAGUCCACAGAGAGCGUUUAGAUUUAUCACGUCGCCGCUCUAUAUGGCGAGCGUUACCUGGAUGGCCCGUACUAUUCCGCUCGAGCUGGCCGUUUGGUUCGGCAUCUGGUGUGGGUGCGAGACGGCCGAGGAGCUGUACGAGGCCACCGCGAGCGACUUCUACGCGCACUUGGCCGAGCAUGCGUUCCAUGCCUACGCCUUCCUACGCGAUAUUAAGAUUGACGGGGGGGUGAACGUUGGAUCUUUCUUAUACACGUGCUACGAGUUAUCUGAAUGCCAAGAGAAGCCGGGUCCCGUCUCAGAGUACGUCAUGUUCCAGUAG